AUACAUAAGAAAGUUGCACGUCGCUAAUUCUAUAGAAUAGUUCGGGAGUGCAAGACAGAGAGAUAAUCAUGGCAGCUAAAACCAACAUAAUGCCUGUAAUCAGCAAGAUGUAUUGUUCAUCAGCACAGGGUGUGUUUGUAGUCAGGAGGAGGCCUCAUAUGGUAAAUGGAGGUGGGUUUGUAGUCACAGAUUGUAGUCAGAAGGUUGCUUUCAGGGUUGAUGGAUGUGGAAUUCUGGGGAAAAAAGAUGAGCUUAUUCUGAGAGAUGGCGAUGGAGACGCCUUGCUUCUCAUUCGUCGAAAGGGAGCGAUGGUUGAGGCGCUAAGCAUUUACAGGAAAUGGAAGGGUUAUGCUUUAGACUAUGAAGGAUCACAGGAGUUGGCUUUUAGCUUGAAAGAGCCAAACUCAUGUCUGGCAAGAACUCAAGCUAUCAGAAUCUCAACUAAGAGAACGGAAAACAAAGACUGGGACUUCGAGAUAAAGGGUUAUUUCCCUGCUAAGGCUUGUAGCAUUGUUGACUCUAAAGGCAAUGUAGUGGCAAAGAUAGGAGUCAAGGAGUGGGAGGAGAUGAUGGCAAGUAAAGAUCUGUAUCAUGUUGUGGUGACACCAGGCAUAGAUCAAGCUUUUGUAUUCGGAGUCAUUGCCAUUCUCGAUUACAUCUAUGGUGAAUCCACCAGGUGCUAACUAUCAGAUAUCAAAGAGAGGCUUCCUUGCUCUGACAUCAAAACACACAUCUCUGGGCAGUCCAAUUUUCCGCACUUGGAUUUGUUCAUGCUCUUUUUUUUUCUCUCGGUUUUUCUCCAUUCUCCUAUUGUUUAACUGUACGACUUGGGAUCAGCUCAACUGUAAAAGCUUUGAAAUUAUCUUUGUAAUUGUUUGAUUUUUUGUAAUUAGUUAGAUUUCUGAUUGUUUUGCAAAUAAGACUACAAUAACUUUUACCCCAGGGAUGCACCAUCACUUAAUUUGCUUGACACCACAUAGGGGUUGUCAAAUUUGUAAUGAGGUAGAGAAGUUCAAAGCGAUACUGGUGUUUAUCAAAAAACACAAUCAGAAAUGAAACAUGUCAUCCUUUAGGGUUUAAGAGGAUUUCCAGUUCUUGGAUUCUCCGUUACUCAAACAAGGAUCAUAUAAUCUG